UCAAUCUUUGAACUCCGUUAUGUUCGGAGAAUCGAGAAUGAGGUGGUUUCUAUUGGUUGUGGUGUCCCUUGGACUCGGUUUAGUCACGGGAGAAUCUAGCUAUAACCAUUAUCGCUUGCCGACGGCUCUUCGACCCCAAAAGUAUUACUUGAGAAUCUUAACGCAGCUUGAAAAUCCGGAGGAUUUUCGCUUCAGCGGCAAUGUGAAAAUCAUAAUUGCAGCCCUGCAGAACACCAAGAACAUAACGCUGCACUCUAAGGAUCUGACCAUAGAUGAGACUCAAACCACGGUUAGACAAAUUAGCGGCGAAGGGAAAACAAACAACUGCGUAACUUCCACGGCUGUGAAUCCCACACACAACUUUUAUACUCUCAACACCUGCCAAGAAUUAUUGGCUGGCCAUGUUUAUGAGCUGAAUUUGCACUUUUCAGCCGAGUUAAACCGACAACUGGAAGGCUACUACCGUAGCUCCUAUGUGGAUCCGGUGGCCAAUGAGACAAGAUGGAUCUCUAUUACCCAAUUUGAGCCCGCUUCGGCUCGAUUGGCAUUCCCCAGCUUCGAUGAGCCCGGCUAUAAGGCACCCUUUGUGAUCACUUUAGGUUAUCACAAGAAGUACACCGGUCUCAGCAAUAUGCCCGUAAAGGAAACUAAAACACAUGAAUCACUUCCCGAUUACAUUUGGACCGAAUUUCAAGAAUCAUUGCCAAUGUCAACUUAUCUGGUGGCAUUUUCCGUUAACGAUUUUUCCCACAAACCUUCUUCUCUGCCAAAUGGCACUCUUUUCAGGACUUGGGCUAGGUCUUCUGCCGUCGAUCAGUGUGAUUAUGCCGCAGAGUUUGGACCACAAGUAAUCCAAUACUACGAGCAGUUAUUCGGGACUAAGUUGCCGCUUGCGAAGAUCGAUCAGCUCGCAUUGCCCGACUUCAAUAUUGGUGCCAUGGAAAAUUGGGGUUUAUUGACUUUUAGAGAAACUGCACUCCUAUUCUCCCCUGAAUUUUCCUCGCUGAAGGACAAACAAGAACUCUCUAAUAUCGUAGCUCAUGAGUUGGCUCACCAGUGGUUCGGCAAUCUGGUCACGAUGAAAUGGUGGACUGAUCUGUGGCUUAAGGAGGGAUUUGCCACCUAUGUGGCUACUUUGGGCGUGGAGUACAUCCAUCCGGAGUGGCGUUCCAAGCAGCUGGAGUCGUUGUCCAACCUGCUAAACAUUUUUCGAAAGGAUUCUUUAGAGACCAGUCAUCCCAUUUCAAGGCCUAUUGAAAUGGUUUCGCAGAUUACCGAGAGCUUCGAUGAAAUCUCGUAUGAGAAAGGAUCAUCUGUACUCCGCAUGAUGCACUUAUUCCUGGGGGAGGAGGCAUUUCGCUCCGGCCUGAAGUCGUAUCUAGAAAGGUUCGCUUAUAGGAACGCCGAACAGGAUGAUCUUUGGGAGUCACUUACUCAAGCCGCCCAUAAAACUGGCGCUCUAGCAAAGAACUUUGACAUCAAGACCAUCAUGGACUCGUGGACGCUGCAAACCGGCUACCCAGUGAUUACUGUUACGCGCGACUAUACGGAAAGGACUGCAAAACUCAGUCAGGAGCGCUACCUUCUGAAUACGGAUAUAUCUAGGGUGCACCGCCGGGAAUGUUGGUGGGUUCCACUUAGCUACACCACGCAGGCGGAGAAGGAUUUCAACAACACGGCCCCCAAAGCAUGGAUGGAGUGCAGCCAGACUGGCGACAGACUUGAGAAAACUAUUCAGGACCUUCCAGGACCCGAUCAGUGGGUUAUCUUCAAUAAUCAGCUGUCAUCACCAUACAAGGUCAACUACGAUUCCCAGAACUGGAAACUUCUAAUCAAGACCUUGAACAGCGAGGAGUUCCAGACCAUUCACGUGAUCAAUAGAGCCCAAAUUAUAGACGACAUUCUGUACCUUGCUUGGACGGGAGAACAAAACUACGAUAUCGCAGUACAAGUGAUUAAUUAUUUGCAGAGGGAGCAAGAGCUGCUUCCCUGGAAAGCGGCGUUCGACAAUCUUAAGCUAUUGAAUCGCAUUGUGCGACAGACACCCAAUUUUGAGUUCUUUAAGAGCUACAUGAAAAAACUCAUCACACCUCUUUAUGAGCACCUAAACGGCAUUAACGACACAUUCAGCUCGAUUGAGCAGCAGGAUCAGGUCCUUUUGAAGACAAUGGUGGUCAAUUGGGCGUGCCAGUACCAGGUGGCAGAUUGUGUGCCUCAGGCCUUGGCCUACUACCGCAACUGGAGAUCGGAGGCUAAUCCCGACGAGAAGAACCCAGUGCCCAUCAAUGUGCGCAGUACUGUUUACUGCACCUCGAUAAAACAUGGAUCAGAUGAAGAUUGGGAGUUUCUGUGGACGCGGUACAAGAAGUCAAAUGUGGCGGCCGAAAAGCUUACCAUUUUGACGGCUUUGGGUUGCUCGAGGGAGGUGUGGGUGUUGCAGCGUUAUCUGGAGCUGACCUUUGUCCCCAAGGAGGGCAUUCGCAAGCAGGACUCGAAGAGGGCGUUCCAGGCAGUGGCCCAAACCGAAGUGGGUUUCCUGCUGGCCAAGAAGUACUUUAUGGACAAUUUGGACUUUAUAAGCAAGUUCUAUCAUCAACUUGUAAGAAGCAUGGAUCCUCUCCUAGAGUCCCUUCAAUUGCAGGUCUUUAUCCGGAAAGACUAUAAUGAGUUCAAGGACUUUGUAUCCAAUUCACAAGGAUCUCUUAAGGGUUCGGAGAAGGCAAUCCGACAGUCCUUGGAGACAAUGUUGACCAACGUGCAGUGGAAAGAGCGAAACUAUUACCAAUUUAUCCGUGCUAUUCAACAGUAUCUAAAAGCUGCCUAAUAUAUUUUUUUUAACAAAAAAAGUAUCUUCAAAUUUCUUACGGCACCAAAAAUAAAAUUGAAAAUAUUUAAGAAAUACAAAGAUUAUAUUGCAUAAUGUCCAAAAUCAUGUAAAAUACAACUAAGCUUAUCAAUUAAUAAUGUCGCUGAUCUUAUGAACUCUUAACGUAAUCAAAGAAUAAAAAAAAAAAGAGAGAA